UAAAUGACCAGCAUACGUGGCACUAUAUCCAAAUCACAGCCUCGUCGAUUUUCUGAAUCAGAAAUCAGCAAAAGGGCCAAUGAUGCAUGGUUUAAAAUUCGGUGGUGGAUGAUGGGCCUGCCCGUGUACCCUUCUCCACUUAAAUACCAUGCUUUUGUUUGCUACAGAGUUGAUUUGGGAUUUUUAAUUGAAAACAGUUUUCACAGGGACAAGAAAAGGAUGGGAUUCAUAAUGGAAUUUGCAGAGAACUUGAUAUUGAGAUUAAUGGAGGAUCCAGUGGAGAGGGAUAGGAAGUUUAGGGAGCACGUGUAUGCCACGAAGGAGAGGACCAAGAAGACAUUGGAGAUGUGGAGCUAUCCAAUGCGUCCCUAUGGUUUCUGGACAUUUGAUAGGCACAACGCUCAGUUAUUUUGGGACCCUCAAAUCAGCCAAGUGCCCGGCCGUCGUGAUCCCUAUGAUGACCUCCUUCAGGACGGUUCUUCCUCCUCCUCCACCUAAGCUGCCUCCUUCGUCAACUGACUUUGUCAGGAGGAACUGCCAAAGAAGGUCGAAGCUUUUCUACACCAAUUGCUUAUGUAAUGUCUUUGUUUCUGAACAAUGUAGCUGGUGAUGGGCCUGGAAUAAUUUGUAUAAAUCUCAGUAGUUCAGCUAUGUUGAGAGGGAACCUGUUGAAACAAGGUUUUAUCAGUUUGUGUUUCUGAAUCCCAAGUUUAAAAGUAAUUCCAAGUUUGAAGAACACGAUGCGACUCUUA